AAAUACAGUGGGCAUCGCGCAGAAGUCCUAUGUACAUUUUCUAUUGCAUUAGUAGAAUGUGUCAGUCAGUGAACGUGGUGAGGGACUGAGGUUGCCUGCAGACUUUUAAGAGUAUGGUUGUUCUGUCAAUUGCUUGCAAGUAACUUUCAAGGCAAGUAAUGUACUUAAAUCACUGACUAUUCAAAUUACGUCUGAACUGCCUCUGUCCGCGUUGUGUUUAAACUUUGCUGGAGUUAGUUCAUGCCUUUUGUAUGGUUAAUACUGUGAAGGUUUUGAAGCUUAUUUAAUUUUAACAGUUAGCAAAUGCUAUGACCUUGUAGUGCUUAUACCCUGAUUUUUUAGCCUGAGGGAAGAAUUCAGACUCUUAAACUUCAUUGUAUUAUAAGCUCUUAUAACUUUGUGCAUCUUUCUUUUGAAUACUUAAGUUUGAGAUGGAAAGACCCCUUGCACCCCUGGGGGAAUUAAAGUCAUAGGCAGUGUGCCUCUCUGUGAAUAGUAUGCUUUGGUCUUCACACUGUACUUUAAGUCACCCUUAUAUCUUUUCAUACAAGGGAGCUACAUAACUGCCUGUACUAGUUACUUUACAGUUUUUUACAGGCUGAGAUAAAGUUUAAUGUAAGUGGGAGACUAUAAGACUAUUGGUGCCUUAUGUAACUGUAAUACUUAGGAUUUUCUGUAAAACUUAUUGUGACCUCUGUCAGCCUGAAAAAAAAAAAAAAAAAGCAUAAACAUAAACCAGUAAUUCCUUUUCUCAAAAAUAUUUUUAACUGUACAAUUCCAAACAAAACUUAAUGAAUUAUUGUGGGAAGCUAAGCACUGACUUUUAUAGAAGAGUUAUUUUAUUUAUUGUUUAUCAUCAUUAUUAUUAUUAUCAGUGAGUACUUGAAUCCUAAAAUCAAAUAUGUAUUACAACCUAAGACAAAAGACUAGCAGAUAAAGGCAGUUUGUCACUAUUUGACUUGUGAUCAGAGAGGAAUCGCCUUGACAGAGAAUGCGUUUUCUUAGCGUAUAUCUGAUGAUCAGCUUAAUGGCAAAUGUCCUAGUUUCAUAUCUCUACUUUAAAAGAUGGAUGAUAAGCCAAUUCGAAUGUGACUGGUUUACUUUUUACCAGCACUUUCCAGAGUAUUGUGGUUGAAAAAUUAAAGUUGUUGAUAUGAAGUAUAAUAAUUCUAAUCCCUAGAGGGAUUGGCAGAGUAUAGAAAUAAAACCACCUGUGAAUCAGUGUAACUUAUGUAUUAUAUACUGAUUUCCAGUUCAAACACUGGAAUUAGGCGCCUUGAGGAUCUGUUAUCUUGUAAAUUAUUUUUGUGACAUGAUUUUAGGAAUCUAACACCAAAUCUAAAAAACAAAAAAAAACAAAAAACAGUUUUUCUGAGUUUAUCAGUAAAUUAAAUGUUAUAUUAAUGAAUACAUAAUUUAUAUUGCGUCUAAUACUGAAGUUUGUGCUAACACUUACGUCCCUUGGGAAGUAAUAGAAAAUUUCUUUCAGGAUAAAGUUAAGAGAAUGUCUCUUAAUUCAGGAUGUCUAUGUUGUUGUUAUAAUACGCAUCCUUUUACCUUAAACUUGCUGCUUAUAAAUAUUUUUAUUGUAUUGCUACACCUUGCAUAGCUUGUAUUAGAAGGUAAGUUAGGGACAUGAAUGUGAAAACCUUAAUUCCUGCAAAAAGUGCUUAGCAAGUCCCACUGAGACUGCUGAGACAACUUGUGUGUAAAUGAAAAGUCUCAUAAAUAAUGAUUUGCAGGAUCAGGCCCUUAGAAAACCUCACAGUCUUGCCUGUCCCACAGCUCUGUUAGGAAAGAGGGCAAAAGAGCGUCCCUUUUGGUGUCCUGUAAUCCAGGAAUCAGACAUGUUUGUUUCUUCUUCAGAUUGACUGAACAAGAAAAAAAGGAAUCUUAAUCUUAAGAGUCUUGUAGAAAUUGGUCCUAAAUGGUGCAUACUGUGUGUGAGAUUAAAUAUUUUGGAGUUAUGUUCCUUAGAUGCUAAUUGGGGGAUUUAAGAAAAAAAAUUAUAUGAAUACCUACCUUGUGUGAAUUUUCUUUAAAUGUUGGGGUUUUUUUAUAAACUCUCUUUGUCUGUGUACUUGCAACAUGUAUGUUUAAAACGAAGAAAUAGACACUUAUCUUAAAUAGUUGUGCUUUUUAAGACAUCUAAAGCACUGUAGACAAAGAAACCUGAGUUUUCUUCAGCUUUUUCCAAGUUUACCUCUGAAAGUUUUUGAUAACUCACGAUUUAGUAGAUAAAUAUAACUAUAAUGCUAAAUACCUUAAGAACUGAGCAGAAGUUGUGAGCUGAAUAUUUUUGCCAUCUUCUUUUAUUUUAACUUUUCUCUAUAACAGUUUAACUUUUUUUUUUCAGCAAAGUAGUUCAGUUCAUCUUAAGAGACAGCUAAGUAGUAUUUCUGUAUUCUCUUUAGCAAGAAAUCGUGAGCUGGUAUUAGGUGCUGGAAAGAAAAAGCAUUUGUUUUUCAAUAUUUAAGUUCCUUUUCUACCUGUUGGAUAUUAUUUUAAGUUGUACACAUUAUCUAAAAAUUAAAUGAGAUGUAGUGGUCUUCUUUUGAUAACAUGGGUUAUAAAGAUUUAAUUCUAAAGAUUAUAUAAAUGCCAUGUAGUUUUAAGAAGUUUAUGGUCUCUGCUUCAGCAUUUUGAAAAAUAACUGGAGUAGUUAUACUUGUGGUGUAUUUUAAGCUUUUUAUAUCUUGCUAUGUGAUAUUAACAGAAGAUUUUUCUGUGUUCAUGUUUAGGCUCUAUAACAACUUAUUCAUAUAAUGUGCAAAUUAUCACAUAUGUAAUAUGUAGAAGACUUUUGCCUUAAGAGUCAGGAUAGUAUUCUGGUAUUUGAAAGGGCUGAAAAUACAAUUUCUAACCUUUUUCAGAAGAAAAAUGGACUUAGAAAAACAGCUCUGGUCAGUAAGAACUACUAACAGUGCUAGACAACUGCUGAGAAAACAAAAAAAUUCCAAAUUUUCUACUUUUUUUAAACAUCUGAAUUGAUUGAGCCCUGGGGCCAGCUUUAAGGUAAUUUUCUCAGAACUGGCACACAAUGUUGCAUGUAGACAGGUGAUUAAAAGCUAGUGUCUUAAGUCCUCCACCUUAAUCUCACUCUCUCAUUUACUGCAGUGCAGUAGAGCUUGUCUAUUCACCAGGAUCUGUCAUCUUUAGGAAAUCAGACCAGCUUAUAGAGGCGAUUCACAAAACCAACAGUGACAACAAAGUCUUAUGUUCCUUACAAAGGAAGGAUUAGGCAGUUCACAUGUCAUUUUGAUUGGACAGAGAUAAAAGCUGAUUGCUGCAGCAUGGCAAGACACACUUCAGUUUCAAUUGAUUAUUCUAUAAGACAACUAUAACUCUGUUGCUUAGUCAUUGUUAAAUGCAAUUUGAAGGAAAAUUCAGUUUUGACCUUAGUGGUUUUGUAUUACUUGAUACUAUAUUGUGGAGCCACUUGUAGCAUUGUUAUACAAAAUUUUAAAGACACUUUUCAUUCACCUCCCUUGGGAAAUAUAGUUAAAACAUAAAAUAUGAUUGCACUUGAAUGUUCAAAAACAUUUUUGCCUACAUGAUAUCUCAAAGUAUCAACUAAAAUUUCUUAGAAGUGCCUGGGAUGAUACUAAAUUCAUAGCACUUGUCCUGGUAAGAGCUUAUAUGCAAAGGAGAGUACUGUGCGGAUUUAUCAGAAAGUAUAAUACUGAGGAACAAACAACAGGAACGGAUGCAGGGGACUGUGAACUGAAUAGUGCAAGUGCUGAAGAAGGAGGCUUGUUUUGAGGAAACAGGAAAGAGGAAGAAAGAGAAGGGAAAAUACAUAAUUUUAAGGAAGAAGGAGAGGAAAAAAAACGGGGACUAUGGGGAGAAAAAAGAUUCAGAUUACAAGGAUUAUGGAUGAGCGUAACAGACAGGUGACAUUUACAAAGAGGAAAUUUGGGUUAAUGAAGAAGGCUUAUGAGCUGAGUGUUCUGUGUGACUGCGAGAUUGCUCUAAUAAUCUUCAACAGCACCAACAAACUGUUCCAGUAUGCCAGCACGGAUAUGGACAAAGUGUUGCUGAAGUAUACUGAGUAUAAUGAGCCGCAUGAGAGUCGAACGAAUUCAGAUAUUGUUGAGACAUUGAGAAAGAAAGGACUUAAUGGCUGUGACAGUCCAGACCCCGAUGCAGACGAUUCAGUAGGUCACAGCCCUGAGUCUGAGGACAAGUACAGGAAAAUUAAUGAAGAUAUUGAUCUAAUGAUCAGCAGACAAAGAUUGUGUGCUGUUCCACCACCAAACUUUGAGAUGCCAGUUUCUAUCCCAGUGUCCAACCACAGCAGCCUGGUAUACAGUAAUCCAGUCAGCUCACUGGGAAACCCCAAUCUUUUGCCACUGGCCCAUCCUUCUUUGCAAAGAAAUAGCAUGUCUCCUGGCGUGACACAUCGGCCUCCGAGUGCAGGUAACACAGGUGGCCUGAUGGGUGGGGACCUCACUACCGGUGCAGGCACCAGUGCAGGAAAUGGUUAUGGCAACCCCCGCAACUCACCAGGUCUGCUGGUCUCACCUGGCAACUUGAACAAGAAUAUGCAAGCAAAAUCUCCGCCUCCAAUGAAUUUGGGAAUGAACAACCGUAAACCAGAUCUCCGUGUGCUUAUUCCACCUGGCAGCAAGAAUACAAUGCCAUCAGUGUCUGAGGAUGUUGAUCUGCUCCUGAAUCAGAGGAUAAAUAACUCCCAGUCUGCUCAGUCAUUGGCUACUCCAGUGGUUUCCGUAGCAACUCCUACUCUACCAGGGCAAGGGAUGGGAGGAUACCCAUCAGCCAUCUCAACAACAUAUGGUACUGAAUAUUCUCUGAGUAGUGCAGAUAUAUCAUCUCUCUCUGGAUUUAAUACAGCCAGUGCUCUUCAUCUUGGUUCUGUGACUGGCUGGCAACAGCAACACCUACAUAAUAUGCCGCCAUCUGCCCUCAGCCAACUGGGAGCUUGCACUAGCACUCAUUUAUCUCAGAGUACAAAUCUCUCCCUGCCUUCUACUCAAAGCCUCAACAUCAAGUCAGAACCUGUUUCUCCUCCUAGAGACCGUACCACCACCCCCUCGAGAUACCCACAGCACACGCGCCAUGAGGCGGGGAGGUCUCCCGUCGACAGCUUGAGCAGCUGCAGCAGUUCCUACGACGGGAGCGACCGAGAAGACCACCGGAAUGAAUUCCACUCCCCCAUUGGACUCACCAGACCUUCGCCGGACGAAAGGGAAAGCCCCUCUGUCAAGCGCAUGCGGCUGUCUGAAGGAUGGGCGACAUGAUAGCAUUAUUAACUAUUAGUUUCUUUUUUUUUUUUUUUCUUGCAGUGUGUGUGUGCUAUACCUUAAUGGGGUAGGGGGGGUCGAUAUGCAUUAUAUGUGCCGUGUGUGGAAAAAAAAAGUCAGGUACUCUGUUUUGUAAAAGUACUUUUAAAUUGCCUCAGUGAUACAGUAUAAGGAUAAACAGAAAUGCUGAGAUAAGCUUAGCACUUGAGUUGUACAACAGAACACUUGUACAAAAUAGAUUUUAAGGCUAACUUCUUUUCACUGUUGUGCUCCCUUGCAAAAUGUAUGUUACAAUAGAUAGUGUCAUGUUGCAGGUUCAACGUUAUUUACAUGUAAAUAGGCAAAAGGAAAACGUCUGCCAGAAAUGGCAGACCUUUACUGAGAGAGAAAGCAGCUGUUAUGCAACAUAUAGAAAAUGUACAGAUGUUUUGACAGACCCAGUGGUUGGGUGGCCAUGAAUCCAUGCUAGAAAGAGACUGGGUCACCUAACACACCGAAAACACUCAAAACCAUGCGGGCAUAUCUUUGGAGUAUGGCACUCAGUUAAGAAGGAUCAAAGCAUUUGAAGAGGACCAUACUUGUUAAACAAAAUCAAGUUCGAGGGCUAACAUAUUUAAUUUUAAAAAUUCUGGGUCUGCAUCACUUAUUAAAAAAAAAAUUAUAAAAAUAUGUACAUUACAUUUUGCUUAUUUUCAUAUUAAAAAGUAAGACAGAGUUUGCAAAGCAUUUGUGGCUUUUGUAGUUUCCUUAAGCCAAAAUGUGUUCUUUUUUCCUUGAUUGCUUCGCUGAUCUUGUAAACAGUCCUGACAAAAACAGAGGACUUUUUGUAUAGAAAGCACUACCCUAAGCCAUGAAGAACUCCAUGCUUUGCUAACCAAGAUAACUGUUUUCUCUUUGCAGAAGUUUUGUUUUUGAAAUGUGUAUUUCUAAUUAUAUAAAAUAUUAAGAAUCUUUAAAAAAAAAAAUCUGUGAAAUUAACAUGCUUGUGUAUAGCUUUCUAAUAUAUAUAAUAAUUAUGGUAAUAGCAAAAGUUUUUGUUAUCUUAAUAGUGGGGAAUUAUAUUUGUGCGGUUGCACAUUUAACUAUUUUCUUUUGGUUUUAUUUUACUGGGCAUACAUUUUACAGAUCAAAAUCAUGUCUUGGAAGACUGAUCUGUAAAAAGUUUGAAUUUACCCAUGGUGUAACAACUGAAACCAUUUUAAUACAACAUUUUACAAUCAGUUGAGUGAACUGCGAUUCAUUGUAUAUACUGAUUAGUUCUUUUCAUGCUGUUUUGUGCAUUGUAACAAGUUAAGGGCCCUUCUAUAACCUACGUCCUGCGUAUCUUGUAGAUUUCCAUGGGUUAAAUGGCAAAGUGGCAUCGCUUGGCCCUUCCUCAUCAGCGAAGCUGGUAUUCUGCCUGUUAGAAUUGGAUAUACAGCUCUAACGGCCAUCGGUUGCGUGAGUGCAGGUGAACAUUUCCAGAGGCAGCAGGGAGAGCAAGAAAUGAGGGACUGACACAGUCCCACCUGUUGUGAAGUCCCCUCUCUGUCAGACGUAAAACCUGCAGAGAGAUCAUCAAUUAGAGGACCACUCAGAAGUCAAUCUGUCGUGCCCCACCAAUACAGGCCACCGGGCCGCUGUAGUUGUCACAGCCCUCACAGUCACGUCUCGCGGUAGGGAUGCUGUUGAACAAAGCUGCCUGUGUAUUUACAACCCAAAGCGAUUCACUUCCGCAUAUGGCGCCCACCCUUUCUCCUGCCUCGCAUUGUUCCUUUGACUGAAAUUGCUUCACCAGAAGGGAUAUAUCAUUGUUUUAAGUUCUUGUCUGUCCCUCUUGCUUAUUAUAAGAAAAUGGUAUACUCAGAUGUUUCAGCUUAACCUUCCCAUGGGAAGGAAACUUUGUUCAAGCAACAUGCUAGGGCCAUUGUAGAACUGUAAUACUUCUUUCCAAAAGUUGUUCCAGCUCUCACUCACAUACCUUGAGACUAGGAUGAAGGACAUAACUGCAACAGCAAAAUAUUGACACAGAAAACAUUUUGUUAAGGGAAAUCCACACCCUAUUUCCCUUCUACAUGUGCAGUUGCUGUGCACUGCUCAGCGGUAGAGGUUACCUCCCUGUAGCAGCAAACAACUAACAGAUGACAGCAUGCGCUAGGACAUACGCUUUCCACUUAUUGUGACUUACAAAAGCCUGCCUCACAGGCACUCUCAGCCAUGCAGGGGCUAGUGCAUAAUCUGGGAACUAUCUAAGCAGAAUACUGUGCUAACAAGGCAUACAUCUUAUCUCGCGUGGAGGUCAGCAGGGUAAAGAAACAGAUACGCAUGUUAAAUAAAAAAAAUUUAAAAAAAAUUAAAAAUUAGAAAAUGGGGCCCAUAAUUAAUUUUAAAAUUCAAAACUGUUUUUCAAAACCACUUUCUUCACCUUCAGAUGAAUCUACAGUCAUAUUCUCUUAUGAGAAUUUUAAACUUCGGUGUGUCAAAAAUAUGCAAAUAUAUCACAAAUGUACACUUCGACAUUUCAACAAGAAGUACAACUUUAUCAGUAUUGUAGUAGAAACUUGUCAGUGGGGAAGGGGAUUUGGUCUAUUGAAAUAUGAAGAAUAGCCAUAUAAAUAGUUUACCUUGCGAUUUGCCUCAGCAACGCAUGAAGAAGAAAACAACAUAUUUAAGGAAGAUGCAGUGUAAUAUAUUACUGCAAGUAACUAAGCGGAAAGUAGCGUGAAACGUAUUGCCUGGGCAAUGUAUAUUAACUCUGACAGUGAUUUUUAUAUAAACAUGAAUAAAUAGAAUAGAAUCACACGAAGAUCAAUGCCAGUCAUCCCUCUCGUUCCUGCUACUGAGGGCAACUAACAUGUACUGGCGAAAUUGUGGGGGAUAAUGCAUAUUUGCAAACUGAUCUAAUGAUAAGAAGCACAACUUUGAUUGUGAAGUCACUUUCUGUAAACUAUAACUGUCUACCUUUCUCUGUUCCUUUAUCUGUACCUUACCAUUUAUUGUAUUUGCAAAGCUUAUUUGGGUUUAUUGUGUGAUUCCUUUGUAUUUAAGGAGUUUGGGGCAGAGCCCUGAAAGAGUAUUAACAUUUACUUUACCUUAACCCAUGCUAUAUAAUGUUUUAGGCAACAUUCUUAAUUGCAAGUUCAAACACCUGAAGUGGCAUUCUAGACAUCUGCAAGUAUUGUUAUAGCUAAGUUAACCUCUAUUAAAAGGUGUUGUUGUUUAGUGUUUAAUUGCUGGUGACAAUUAUAUGAUAUACUCAAUCUGCACAAUUUGUAUAUUGUAUGCAUUGAGCCAUUCACAGUAAAGCUUUUAUCAUUUCAGUGUUUUUCAAAAGUUGUGUUUUAUAAUGAAAUGGCUUAUAUUUUUCCCAGAAGAGGAAUUUAGCAGUUUUUAAUGAAUAAUAUAAAAGUAUCUGUUGUCCUCAGAUCUCUUUUUCAGGUAAAGCUAACGUAAGAAUAGAAGAACUCAUAGACUGUUUUCAAGGAUGUCAACCCUUUUGUAUUGUACGUGUUAUCCUAUAUACCUUCUUUUACCUAUAGUCCUAACAGAGCUGUUUUGUUUUCCUUUCUCCUUCGCCUUGAAGGUAAAUGCUUUGUAAUUUUUUAAAAGCCACUUGAAACCUCAAUAAAGGCUGUUGCCUAAGCAUGGCAUACUUCAUCUGUUCCUGUUUGUGCCAUCUGCUGUGAUGUCGUCAGUUAUAUGGCAUUAAUUUCCUGCCACUACAGGUCUCUUGAAGGACUGAUGGAACAUUGGUGUCUAUUAGAAUGCUUCAGACUGUAGAUGUAAUAAAAGGCUUUUGUUAAUAUAUUUUAACCAAAGAUGUGGAGCAAUCCAAGCUUUGAGCCACAGACCUUCUCUAUCAAAAGUAUCCAUUUGAUUAUUUUCAUAAUCAGGUGUUGCAUUUUACCUUUCUCACUCAUACCUCAGACUGAUCCAUACCUCAGUUUGAAUCAAAAAAGUCAGUUUAGUAACUCAUUAAAAAAAAAAAAAAAAAAAAAAAUUACAGUACCUGAGUCUUUUGUGAAGUAUCUAACAUCAGACCUGGGACACUGCAGGCAUUACACUUGGAUUGCUUCAGAUGGUUUGUUGUAUCCUUUUUUUUUCCUUUUUUUUUUUUUUUCUUCUCUUU